AUGAACAGCGAUAGUGGCUUGGCUCGUUCAACAAGCAAAGAAUCGAUAAUAUCAGCGGUGAGUAAUGUUGGCGACUGGGAGAUUGGUGAUCGUUGUCAAAUUGGUGGACGAGUUGGUAAUGUUGUAUAUAUUGGCCUGACUCGGUUUGCUCCGGGCGAAUGGAUUGGCAUCGUUCUGGAUGAGCCACUGGGCAAAAAUGAUGGAUCUGUUGAUGGGCAGCGAUAUUUCACUAUUAAUUUAAAUUUCACAUAUUUUUUGGUGAUUCGAUGCCCGAAAGAUCAAUGGUCUUCAAGUUUUAUGUGA